CAUUUGGGGUGAAAGCUAGUGUUUGAAUAAGAGCUUGGUGUUCCUCCGUGGGUGCUCGUCUUACCUUUUCACAUCCUGGAAUUCUUCUCCAUGAAAUCGUCUCCCUCUUCUCCAACAUUCUUACUGCCAUUUUUACUUGGGAUGGGACGUCCUAAAAAAAACACCCGAGUAAGACGUCUUGUGUUUGUUAGUGAUCUUUGCCUUACAGCAAUGAAAGCUGUGCUGUGUUGUUUACUGACCACUGGACUCGUCACUGGUUAUCGCAGUCCCUUGAAUGAUUUCCAGCGCUCAGAGGGCAGAGAACUGGUUCCUACUUCCUGGAACUCAGGACGGGUUCUGCUGUUGUUGGUUCUAAACCUGGACGAGUGUGCUGCUCGCUGCUCGCUCUCACUGGAUUGCAGAGCAUUCAACUACGAGACGCGGCCCACGCCCACCUGCAAACAUCUGCCCUGGGUGGGCGACGGCAGCAACGCGGAGGUGAAGCGUAACGUGAACUGUGACCUUUACGAGAAGAAGGUCUAUGUGAGGAAGUGCAUUGUGGGUAAAGGCGAGGACUACAGAGGGAAGGUGUUCACCACAAGGAGCGGUCUCACCUGCCAGCAGUGGUGGUCCAAGUUUCCACAUGAUCACAGGUGGACUCCCUCUCCGACCAACGGCCUGGAGUUGAACUACUGCAGGAAUCCAGACGGCGACCGAAUCGGGCCAUGGUGCUACACCACCGACCCCGAGCGUCGUUAUGAGAGCUGCAGCAUCCCUCAGUGCAAAGAUGAAGUCUGCAUCACAUGUAACGGCGAGGACUACAGAGGACAGGUGGAUCACACUGUAAGCGGCAGAGAGUGCCAGCGCUGGGACCAGCAGUAUCCUCACCAACACAUCUACCAGCCUGAAAAGUAUCCAGAUAAGAGUUUGGACGACAAUUACUGUCGUAACCCCGACGCCUCUCCUGUGCCGUGGUGUUACACCACUGACUCAAACAUGGAGCGAGAGAACUGUGAGAUCAGCAAAUGUACUGAGGUGCGUGUUGAGAAACGUCAACGCUCCAGCUUCACCACAAACUGUUUCCGUGGCCGAGGGGAGGAUUACCGUGGAAGAGUCAACGAAACCACGUCAGGCAUCCCCUGCCAGCGGUGGAACACGCAGUAUCCUCACGAGCAUCCCUUCUACCCAAGUACAUACGAAUGCAAAGGUCUGGAGGAGAACUACUGUCGCAACCCAGAUGGCUCGGAGGCUCCCUGGUGCUUUACAUCUGUGCCGGAGAUGAGGACUGCACUCUGCUUACAAAUCAAACGCUGUGCAGACGACAUCGAAGCAGAGGAUUGCUACCAAGAAAAUGGAAAGAACUACCGGGGCAUGGUGCGCAAAACUCGCAAAGGCAUCACCUGCCAAAAAUGGAAUGUGAACACGCCUCACAGCACCAAAAUAAACCCCAGAACACACCCAGAGGUCAACCUGACAGAGAACUACUGUCGAAACCCUGAUGGGGACCAACACGGACCCUGGUGCUACACCACCGACCCCAAAACGGAGUUUGACUACUGUGCCAUCAAGCAGUGCGCCGGAGAGAAAGUAUCGCUGACUGAACCAGUGGAAAAGGUUGAGUUCAGUGAGUGUGGGAAAAGAGAGGACCGCUUCCUGAGGAUGCUACGCAUCGUCAACGGAAUACCGGGGAACUCGCCAUGGACGGUUAGCCUUAGGGACAGGAAAGGAAACCAUUUUUGUGGAGGGACCUUGGUUGACGCCAGAUGGGUGAUCAGCACCAAGCAGUGUUUCUCCUCCUGCUACGUGGACCUGCCAGGAUACUCGGCCAAGAUGGGAACUCUUUUCCGUGACCCCCAGGAGGGCGAGCCCGGCGUGCAGACCAUCCCGCUCACCAAGAUUGUGUGCGGACCGUCCGAGUCUCAGCUGGUCAUGUUGCAACUGGAAUACGCCGCCCAGUUUAAUGAGCGUGUCUCUCAGAUUUGCCUACCCCCUGAGCGCUACAUCGUGGCUGAGGGGACCGUUUGUGAGAUAGCAGGUUGGGGCGAGACCAGAGGCACGGGAGACGAGAGUGUCCUCAAUGUGGCUCACAUACCAGUUCUCAGCAACAAGGACUGCAACAAGUACUUCAGAGGGCGCGUCCGAGAGAACGAAAUGUGUACUAGUUCUUUCCAGGGCGGUGUUGGCGCCUGUGAGAGAGACUAUGGCGGCCCGUUGGCGUGCCAGAACCGGGACUGCUGGGUUCUGGAGGGUGUGAUCAUCCCAAUGAGGCGCUGCGGUCACCCAGGUCAACCCAACAUUUUCAUCCGCGUGUCCGUCUACGUGGACUGGAUCAAGAAGGUCAUGGGCUUUGCUUAGGGCGUCCUCGCCUUUUCCGUCGACGCUCGCGUACUUAAAACAUUGAAGGACGGACGCCAUUUUGAUACAUUUUGUACAUUAAAGAUGCUAUAAAUUAAUCCAAUGUAUGCCAAUAUUAUGAUAACAUCCACAUCGUAGUUUAUGAUGUAGCUGAACAAGCAAAUGUGUAUAAUACACCAAAAGGUUAUGAAUAAAAAACACAUUUUGUUAGUGAUGGGUCAAACGAUACUGAAUGUCGAUGCAUCAUGGACUGAUACUGUGUCCCUCAAUGGGUGCGUCACUUUAGGAGAAAAAACAACUUUUGAGCGAUACAGCCGCUGUGUCGUUUGACUGUGAAGCAUCAAACUGUGUUCAUCAGGAAGCUGUUUUAGGAUCACGAGUGACGUAGCUUGUACUGAACACAGGAAGCUGUUUUAGGAUCACGAGUGACGUAGCUUGUACUGAACAAAGUGUCGUCUAUGACAUUGAUUUUUGUCUCCGUCAUCAAUCUAAGUGGAACUAAGAAAAAGAAAAACAUUGGAAAUGAUGGAUUAUUUUGAUUUUAUAGCGCCAAAAAGGUCAACGUUUUUUCUUUGUUUACUAUUUUGCUCAUUAACCAGGGUUGCACGUUUCAUAUUUCUUUCUGCACAGUUGCUUGCUUAAAAAUAACAAAAGCAAUUAUAUUUGCUGACAAUUGAUUUUAUUUGCAGGUUAAAUGUAAUGACUUUUUGGAUGACCGUUAUGAAACACCAACACAGUGUCUGUGCAGCGUGUACAGCAAGUGAGUGUUUACCCAUCACCACAUUUUACAGAAUAAUCAACACAUGCGGAAAACUGUGAAGUCCACAUCAAUGAAAAAUACAUUUAUAAUCACUUUCACCUUUAUUUUGUGAUCGUUAUGUUAUGUAUAGAAACAUUCGAUAACACUUUAGUAUGGGAAACAUAUUCACCAUUAAUUAGUUGCUUAUUAACAUGCAAAUUAGUAACAUAUUGGCUCUUAAUUAGUCAUUAUUAAGUACUUAUUAAUGCCUUAUUCUGCAUGGCCUUAUUAUACAACCAGUAAGCCAUUAACUAAGAGUCUUCACUCAAUAACCUCAGAAUUAUUGCUUAUUAGUAACCCUAACCCUAACCCAUAUAUGUUCCCCUAGUGUCCAAAUAACUCUAAAUUAAGUCUUUGUUACUUAGAAUAUGUUCCCCAUGCUAAAGUGUUACCAAACAUUCACAUAUAGAAGCGGAAAUGUGUCAUUUGCCCUGUACAUAUUUUUUUAAUUAAACAUUUAUUUACCUAUUUGCCUGUGCUUAACACAAAUCUAUACACUGAGGUGCAGGACUGAUCAUAGUUAUAUAACAUGACCAUGCAUAAGAACAUGACUUCUUGCACUAUUCAGUCCCUCCAAGAUUUUGCUAACUUUUUUUGUGAUUGUUUCGGCCUAAAAUGCCUAAAUUCACGGCAGCUUUUUCAGAAAGUUGUGGCAAAAGUUCCACUGUUCUGAAGCUUUUUUUUCAAUAAAAUUGAAUCCGCUUGUGAUUUUAUUAAUUUGUUAUCAAGUGUUGCUUGUAAUCUUAACCUCAAAAAGAACAGGACGACAAAAAAUAGAACACAAAUACUCUAUUAAUGUUUCACUCGUUUUGUAGCACACAGACUUAAAGUAGACAGGAGAUGGCAGUAAAAACACAUUCUCAUUAGAGCUCAUUAUCACCAUAAUGAACUUUAAUUCAUGAUUACAGAAGAAAAAAACAAACGCUAAAGGCCUUUCUAAUGUCCGCUGUCUACUCUGUUGUCCAAAAGUUGCAGACAUUCUCCGUGUAUGUUUUACGCUUGAAAAGUGUUAGUCUAUCUUAAACAUUCAUUAAUGUUCCAACACAUUUAGCCCUGCACGUUUCGAGCAUUUGUGAACUGUUGACAGCGAUCUGCUGCGCAAAGUUUUGUUGGUAAAUGAGUGACAAUGAGAGAUUAUCAUCACACUUCAACAUCUCUAAUAUGUAAAUGCUGCCUGUUUGCUAGGUCAGCUUUGUCUUGCCACGGAUAAAUAAAUAUUAAAUAUCCAAACACAUGUAAACUGGAAAGUAAAUGUUUAUAUAGUACAAAACCCAAAGCAAGUGAAGUUGGCCCGUUGUGUAAAAUGUAAAUAAAAACAGAAUCCAUCCAUCCAUCCAUCCAUUUACUACUGCUUGUCCCUUUGGGGGUAGCGAGGGAUGCUGGAGCCUAUCUCAGCUGCAUUCGGGCGGAAGGUGGGGUACACCCUGGACAAGUCGCCACCUCAUCGCAGGGCCAACACAGAUAGACAGACAACAUUCACAUUCACACACUAGGGCCAAUUUAGUGUUGCCAAUCAACAUAUCCCCAGGUGCAUGUCUUUGGAGG